AUGGCAGGCAGAAAUAAAUGUCAGAGUUGCAAUGGAAAUGCGACUUUAAAGGAUUCGUUACAAUGUAAAUUAUGUAGUUCAGUGACUAUGCAUUGGAAAUGUAGUGGAGUAACUGAACCAACAACAAAAGAACUCCUGCAGGCUGUUAAUUUCGUCUGGAUAUGUAAAAACUGCCUUGAACAUAUUGACAUGUUUAGAUCGAAUAAACAACUAAGUGAGUUGACAGAGGAGAUAAGAAAGUUGCAAGAAAGCAACGUCUCACUCAGUAAUCAGGUAAAGAUUGUUCAAAACAAACUUGACAGCAGAGAUGAUAACGAAAGUAUUGAUGACAGGAUUGUGGUGCUGCAGGAAAAUCUUAAAAAAUCUUAUGCAGAUACUCUAAAAGAUGUUGUGACUACAAAUGUUGUGAAGUUAAAUGAUGAGGUGAUAAACGACUGUUUCCAAGCGUUAAAAAAGGAGAUGAUCGAGACGAAGGAAGCAGUCAGCGUUGAGUUCAAAAAUGUGCAGAAGACACUGGUCGAGGCAUCUGAGGCUAAAGAGAAAGAAAGAAAUAUUAUGUUGUUCCGACUGUCAGAACAUGGUGAUGACAAAAAGCGCAUCAUUCAAAUAUUUAAGCAUUUGACAGAUGAUGCUGUAAAUGACAAGGAUGUCAUUAAAAUAUUAAGAUUGGGGAAGAAAAAGGAAAACUCAAAUAGGCCAUUGCUGAUUAAAAUGGACAACAUAAAAAUUAAAGCCCUUAUAAUGAGCAAUCUCUCGAGACUAAAACUGUUAAACAAUGAAUUUGGUAAUAUUAGCCUCAGCCAUGACUUAACCAAAGAUCAAAGAAUUGAACUAAAGAGUUUGGUGGACGAGGCUAGAAAACAAGAGGCAGCAAGUGGUGAUUUUUUGUUCAGGGUGAGGGGUCCUCCAGGAAGAUGGAAGAUCAUGAAAUUACCGAUGGAAUUUUUAUAUGAACUUUUAAAAGACGAUGUCAGUAGUGAUGUUUUUAUACUUGGGGAUUUUAACAUUGAUUUGGCUGUAAAAAACCAGGCAUCAUUAUCGUUUUUAAAUCUUAUGGCUCAAUUUAAUUUGCAUCCAAUUAUCAACCAACCGACUAGAAUAACAUCAAGCCAUUCGUCAACGAUCGAUAAUGUUUUUACUAAUUAUGGCAUCGGCGGCUGCCCGAAAGGAAUUCUAUACAGCGAUGUUUCUGACCAUUUACCUAUUUUUCUUUGCAUACCAUUGAAUGCUAAGGCUGUCGGUGGCAAAAACCCUUACAUUAAAACCCGUUUGAUUAGUUCUGAGAACCUAAAAAAAGCAAAUUGUUUAUUACAGAAUAUCCAGUGGAACAUGUCUGAUUACGGGUCCGAUUUUGAAUCAAAUUUUAAGAAUUUCCUAAAGACUUAUUUAAACUGCAUCAAUCUAGCUUUGCCAUUGGUGAAUAAAAAAAAUCGCUUCCGAAGGCCAUGGAUGAAUAUCGAUCUUUAUAAUCUUUCCUUGUAUAAAAAUGUUCUUUACAAAAGGCAUCUACACAAUCCAUCCCCUGCAAAUAAAAAUGCAUAUAAUAAGGUUAAAAAUAAAUUUAUAAAUGUCAAAAGAUUCACGGAAAAAAAAUAUUUUGAAAAUAAAUUAAAAAAUCAACCUGGAACAAAACACAGAUGGAGGAUAAUUAAUGAAAUUUUGGGGUCAAAAAAAUCAUGCAAUAAAUUGUUCUCAAAUGAUGCCAGUGAAACUGCUAAAUUGAGCACCGUUACAGGGUUGAAUAAAUUUUUUGUUGAGAUAGGUAAAAAUAUCAAUAAAAUUUUAGGCGAUGGUCAGUUCAUUUCAAAUGUCGGUCCAUAUGUGGUUUCUAAUAACCCAAUAUUUAUUCCACGAGACACAACUCCGGAUGAGAUUGUCUCGGCCAUCACAUCGGCCACCAGACAACAUGGUAUGUUGAUGUCAAAAAAAGUUAGAACUUCUACUUACGAUAGAAGUUGGGUUGCUAAGGGAGUUAGACUUUGGAACGCUUUGGCUAUGCAUAACCAAUUGCAACUUACAAUUGAACACUUUAAGCAUUAUGCUAAGAGCGAAGUUAUGUCCAUGUCCGUCGAUGUUUAA